UCACCCUAAAUCUGUAACCUCGCUCUAUUUCAACAGCAGUUCGUUGAUUUUCCAUUAGAAGUCAUUUGAAGGGCCACUCAAAAGCCUGUCAAGUUAGUCAUAAUUUGUAUAUUUGAUCAAAACGAUCUCGAGGCACCUAAACAAAUCGUCGCGAAUAGAGAGAGAUACGGGAAGAACAUUCCGCAGUGGUUCAUACAGCGUGUAAUUUCACUAUUUCCGAAUCAACGGCGAUGUCGAGUUACGACUAUGUCUUUCUUGCUGAGGUUCCUGAUGAAUACACUUGCCCGAUAUGUAGCAACCCGAUGAAAGAACCUGUCCAAACGAAAUGUGGCCAUCGCUUUUGCCGACUGUGCUUGGAGAAGUCCAUGGAAAGGAUGCAAGAAUGUCCUAUAGACAGAGGAGACCUCGAUGCAGACACCCCAACAGACAUAUUUCCCGAUAAAGCGAGUGAAAGAAAAAUUUUGGAUUUCGAAGUGAAGUGUCCGAAUGAAAUCGAUGGCUGCCAGUGGACUGGCGAACUGAGAAAUGUUGAGGCGCAUGAAGCAAGCUGUGAUUUUGUGAAAGUGAAAUGUGGCAACGUUAACUGUUCUGCAAUUGUUUUACGGUGGGAUCUUCAACAUCAUAAAAGUGAGCUUUGUCCAAGGAGGACAGUCUCAUGUAUUUAUUGUGGAGCGGUCUAUGUUUGGUGUCUAGAAGAGGAGCACUUCGACACCUGCCAAAAUUUUCCCUGCUGUUGCCCACAGAGAUGCGGAGUAAGGGACGUUCCAAGGAGCGAGAUGGAGACUCACCUUGAGUUAGAGUGUGGCCAUACUGAAGUGGACUGCAAGUAUAGACACAUUGGAUGUCAAGUCAAGAUUCAAAGGAAUGGCCUACACCAACAUUUACAAGCCAAUGUCGAAGUCCAUUUAAACUUGGCUUGUGAGAGGUUACAAAUGCUUGAGAAUGAAACCAUGAUCGGACAAAAAGAACUGGAGGGUUUAGUUACCACACAUUCACAACUAAGAGAACUCGAUGCUGCGAUGAAUGAUGUUUUGCAAAGAAUGAACAAUAUAGAGAGAUCAAUGAAAACGGUGACAUCCAAACUGCAAAGCAAACCAAGCAACGAGUUGACACUCUUUGAGGCGCGAAUAACUGGCAACGAACGGAAAGGGGAACUGCGUGAUGAAAUGAUGGAAAAUUAUCGUAGAAAGCAAAACAAUUUACAAAGCGAAAUCGAAGCAAUAAGGCAAAGGAUACAUGAGCUACCAACCAAGGGGUCAGCCAGCACUGACAGGAGGCUACAAGCUGGUGCUUUAAGUAAAAGCACCUUGCCUCUUCCAACAUCAGUGACCCCUUGGGCGCUUCCUCUCCCUAGACCAGCAGGCGUUCCUCAAAAUCAAAGGAGAAUUUCUGGAGUCGACCAGCUUGCAGAAAUGACGGACGAUGAUCGCUUCGCCUCUACUACAAGCGAAACACAAGGUUCAUCUCGAGAGCUCCCAAAUAACAGGCAUGUCGGCAAUAAGUUUGUCUGGAAAUUUACCCAAUUUAAUGAUUGCCUUCAAAAAGCUAAAGAUGGAUCAAAUACUUAUUAUUAUAGUGAACCAUUCCUCACUGGUCCUUACGGAUACAAAAUGCGCGUGGAACUGCAUCCCAAUGGACUCAGUGACGGAUUGAACACUCACCUGUCGAUUUUUGUUCGUUUAAUGAAAAGUGAAUACGAUGGUAUUUUGCCCUGGCCAUUUGACAAGAAGGUUACAAUUGCUCUUAUUGAUCAGCAACCUUGUCCAAAAUUGAGACGAAAUAUUCAGAUGUGUAGUUUUCCAAGGAGCAGUGGGCAUUUGAGUCCUUGCUACUCAAGGCCGGUUGAGGAAAGAGCUCAGAAUGUAGCAUUCGGAUUUUGCAAAUUUGUUACUCAAGAGCGGCUUAAGACUGGACGCUACCUCGUAAACGACACACUAUUUUUCUGUGUGGAAGUAGAAGCUCUAAAACCCUUAUUUUGAUAUGUAUUCCUGUCUUAGAAAAAGAAACUGGAUUAGAUAAAAAAAAAAAAUGAGACGAAACUGAAUAAAUUACCACACUGUUAGUAUUCAGGUCGAUAAAACGUGUCAGACAAUGAAAAUGAUCUUUCACUUUUCAUAUCAAAGGAUAUCGUUAAGUUAUUUUGUAGUGACUGUGACGUGUGUGACUUAAACAAUAAAUCGAAGUUGUUAUAAACGAUAGCAAAAAAGAAAGAAAAGCGAUUUAUUUACCGCCUCCCAGUUGGCUCUAUGGAUAGAGCGCUGGACUGUUGAGCGGGAGGUCGAGGGUUCGAGCCCCGGCCGGACCAACACUCAAGGUCUUAA